GACAUAGAGCGGCAUCCGGAAUAUGUCUAAGCCGGAAUAAGUUAUCGAAUACAAUAUUACAUCUCACAUCUUACCUGCACUGCAGAUUAUCAUCUGGUGAACACCUAGUCAUUCCAUCGGAUUCUCAUGUCUAUCUACAGAAAACAUUUCCUGUCCAAGUCGAGGAUAUUCUCUAUCCCUUUUUCUCCUCGGAAAGCUCCCUCUCCUUUAAUCAAAUUGUCCAUCAGUGCACCAGCAAUGUCUACUUCCAGUCAGGCAAUAGUCCUCAAAAAGCAAAUUGAAAUUCUCCAAAAGAAAUACACUGCAUGUGAUAUUGCAGAUGCUCUUGUCAAGCUCAAGGUGCCAGGAGCUGGUUUCCUUCCCGACCUCAAACCUGCCUUUACUUCAACAUCUGAAUCUUUCAACAUAAUUACUAUUGCUCCUGUUUCAACUGUUAUUUUUACCGCAAAAAAUAGCACAGAUCUCUCCAACUACCCCACCGCAAACAUUCCCACUGAUAAGCACUGGGUCGAUCUCACGGUGUCUGACUCGAUCGUGAUUAUCAGUCAGCCCGAGGGACAAAAGAAUGCGGUGCUAGGUGGAAUCAUGGCGAUGAGGGCCCAAGUACUUGGCGCAAAAGGCGUGCUUGUUAGUGGAAGGGUCAGAGAUCUUCAAGAGUUAGAGGCUACUGGAUUACCUAUAUGGUCUCGCGGCACAUCAAUUGUUGGUGCUGGUGCCGAAUCCAAGCCCCAUGCUGUUCAAGUGGCGUUGAACAUUGACGGCACGGACAUUCACCCCGGAGAUUUGGCGUUUUGCGAUCCCAAUAAUGGCGUUGUCAUCAUUCCAAAAGGAAAAAUAGCCGAUGUCGUCUCAAUUCUGCCAGAUCUUGUUGCAGCAGAUGAUCGUGUUAAAGAGGAAGUCAUGAAAGGAAUGUCGGCCCAAGAAGCAUUUAAGAAGCAUCGAGGAUGAUAGCCUGUUGAGGCUGCAUGCUUAGGUCCCUGUGUUUGCUGUGUUUUGCUACACCGUGUUGUGUUUGAUUGCCAUGAUGCCAUGCAAAUAGAAAAGAAUUUUGGGCUGUAUUCUUAGACAACCUGGCGGCUUUUAGUCUGGUUGCUUUCACGAUAGUAUCUUAGAAGUACAAAACACAUUCGACGGCCCCAUCUGAACAUGAUGGUUGAGGAGAAUAUAGCUCGUAGUAAAAACGA